AUGUCUGGAGCAUCUGUUGUUGAAACUUCACCUGUGGUCCCGUCAUCCACAGCCACCAACACCUGGCCAACAACCACAUUACAACAUCGUAAUGAACCUAGAUCCUCUCAACCGACCCCUAACGCCUUAUCUGCAGAGUAUGAUCCUUUUGCUCCAUUCCAUCCUGCAGUAUCAGCUGCGUACAGUCAUGAUAUAUAUUCGACUCAGAACGUUGAACCAACAGCCCUUCCUGCUUCACCAGCACCUUCUGGUAACACAUCCCAACGCUCAUCUUUUUCUUCGACACCAGCUUCUGAAGUCUUCACUCAAGCUGGAUCUAUCCACUCUUACACCCCACGUAUCAAAAUGGAGGAUCAUUCAGAUUACGUGAAUGCCAGCGAGUCUAUGAUUAUGAACUCGCCGCAAAUUAGUCACCUUGUUACUUCUACUAGUCCAUACCCGGGAAGUCUCGACGCAACUUUCUACCAAGACCAACAUUCCCCUAUGGGUUGGCCAAAAAUCGAAUACUCCGGGCCUCAGGAUCUUCCAUCUAUCUCAUCUUUGCCGAUUCCACCAUACGACAGGCGCUCUGAGAGCCGAGAACGUUCUGGCUCUGGAUCUCAAGGCCCACGACGGGGUCCCAAUACCAUCGCAAGAACGAGACAGCCACGGAAACUCACAACCAAGGAAGAUGCAAACUUUCAAUGCCAUGUGAAAGGUUGUGGGAAGUUAUUUGGCCGAAGCUACAAUUUCAAAGCUCAUAUGGAAACCCAUGAUGCGACUCGCGAGUACCCAUUUCCAUGUCCGUUGAAAGAUUGCAACAAGAAGUUCGUCCGGAAGACAGACUUACAGAGACACCACCAAAGUGUUCACAUGAAACAGCGAAAUCAUCGAUGCGAUUACUGCAGCAGGUAUUUCGCAAGGAAAGAUACGCUCAGAAGACACAUGGAGGAUGGCUGUUCAAAGCGCUUCGACAUUGAAACAGUUGAUUUCAGGCCUCAAAGUUACAAUGGGGACCAAGGGGCUGCGAGGAUUACUUCUCGCGCUUCUGAAAUGCCGUCAAGACAGGCGUCGUACAGCUCCUCGCAUUACUCUUCCCCUCCAGGAAGCUCUACAAGUCUCGGUCCAUAUGACAGUUCCCUCACGUCAGCAUCAGGCUCCUACCUAGAGAGGCAUGAAUAUAUGGGCGGUGGUGACAGUCAAGAAGCAGUUUGGUCAAAUUGA